AUGGUCAAGGGAGCUAAAACUAGAAAUAGAACGACCUCAAGUUCUGUUUUCUCAUCUAAUGGUUACCUCGUUUCAGUAAUAAAUGUGCUUAAUGUUCCCAAAAAUGAAAAUAUUAACUUGAAUUUAAAAUCUAGUCAAUCUGAGUAUUUAAAAAUAAUUGCCCAAUUAACAAAUAGCAAUAGACUUUAUAAAAUAUCAUCUGUAACGAAAACUUUGUCAGAUAAUCACAACCAAAUUAUUUAUUUUGAUAUUUCACUUUAUAAUGAAUGGUCAACUGCGUGCUCAUUUGUUAAUAUAGGCGAUACUAUUGAAAUUUUUGGUGGAUAUGUUUCUAAAAAUAAAAACAGUAUCACCUAUGAGUUUUCAGUUUCGAAAAGAAAUUCUUCCAUGGUUGUUUGGAGGAGUGGCUUUGAACAUAUCCCUGCAGUAUUAACUCAUGCAGCUGUACUAUGUAGCAAGGGUAAUAUUUAUCUUCCUGCAUGGGCAAGAAUAUACAACGAUAGGGCAAAAUUAGAAGCAGUUGAAAGUGUUAUAUAUAAUCAAAAUUCAUCCUCUAUUGACUGCGUGAAUUUUAAUGGAAGCCUUGAUCAGUUUAACUGUAUUACUGACAGUUUGGAUUUGGAAAAAAACAGUCAAGUAUACAACGGCAUUUUUAAAAAAAGAAAAACAUCAAAUAACUACAAAAACACAUCCCAAGCCACUCAAUAUUCAUACAUCGAUCGAUUGUCUGACAUUAUUCCUAAAGUUAAUACAAAUCUUUAUGGUGUUGUGCUUGAAGUUGGAAAUAAUCCGGUCAAAAGAUGUAGUUCACAUACUUCGCAGAUUUUUUUGAAUGUAACAUUAAUCGAUCCUUCUGUCAUUGAAUUAGUUCCAAUGGAUAGCUAUUCAAUUUCAAACCUUGAUGAACUACUUUCAGGUGUUUAUAAUUAUAAAAAUAGACCGCGUUUAAACCCAAACUUCCCAACUAUUUCUUUGGAAAUAGCUACUGAUGGUGAUGCAAAUACUCUUCCAAUUAUAAAUUUUGGAGAUAUUAUAAGAGUCCAUAGAGUGGAGCCCAGAAUUUCGAAGCAGAAAUACAUUGAUUUGCCAUGCAAUUUAAAAAAUACUUCAAUACGGAUUUGGUCGGUUCAUGACUUAAAUAUUGAAAGUAUAUAUUCUAAGUAUUCAUCUGAUGAAGAGAUAUUUAAUAGCCAAGAUUGUUAUUUUACGGUAGAAAAUGCUAUUAAGGUGGGUGGAAGCCAGCAAAGGACAACUUUUACUAAAGAUGAUUCAUUAAGAUUAUUAAAAUUGCAAAGAUGGUGUUAUGAAUUAUUUCAUGAUUUUCCUUUUUUUUCUAUUUCUCCUUAUACUAAAUCACUUAAGUACCUUUUAAAUUCAGCCGAAAACCAUAACCGACAAUUUGGAGACAUUAUUGUUUUUAUUCACGAUGUUUGUAUUCUAUCUGAGUUUUUUAGGAAAACAAAUUUGGAAACUAAUAAUAUGUUUCCAAUAACAAAAAAAAUGUCUAAAGAAAAUUUGUGCUUAAUUGUAACAGAACAUAAGCAAUGUGAAAGAAUCAACUUGAGUGAUUUGACUAAACAUAGUUAUGACCAAGUAUUUGUUGUUUAUGUUUCUGAGAAUUGUAACUUUGGAUUAAAAGACUAUUUUAUUAAUAAUAAAAAGCCAUUAUCAUAUGGAGAUUGGAUAAGAAUAAAAAAUGUAUCGAUUUCUGGUACAGACUAUUUCACACACAUAAACGGAGAACUAAUUGGACCAUUUACUGUAAUUGACACAAAUAGAUCGAGAAUUACACGUCUUCCGUUUUGGUCUGGCGACGUUAAGUUAAACUCAAAUAGGGUUUCUCCUAUCUCAAAGAAGUAA